AUGCGGAAGGAAGCAAAGAAGAACCUGAUGUUUCACAAACUUUCUUCAUGCAUGACAUGUCAAGAAUUCUCAAUGACAUAAGAGUUAAAAGCGACACGUGGCAUCCAAGGAACGGCUUUGCCUGAACGAUUCUUUGAAGACAAACCGGAGUUCGUAGAGCUUACACCACAACAGCGGGAAAUUCUAAAACACGCUUGGUUCGGUCGUAAUGCCAACGAAGUUCUUGUUCAGGGUUUCGACUUGGAGAUCAAGCGUCAUGAUAUUCUUACCUUGAAGGGACUCAACUGGCUGAACGAUGAGGUGGUUAACUUCUAUUUCAAUCUUAUAAUGGAUAGAAGUUCGUCAUCGCAGUUGAAAGUUUACGUUUUUUCUACUUUCUUCUAUCCUAAACUAGUCAGAACCGGCUACAGUUCACUUAAACGCUGGACUCGACGGGUGGACAUCUUUUCCUACGAUAUUCUGCUGGUUCCCGUGCAUUUGGACAUCCACUGGACUCUUGCUGUAAUUAACUUCAAAGAAAAGACAAUAAAAUAUUAUGAUUCGCUUGGUCAUUCCAACGAUCAGUGUUUGAACUUGUUGAGGCAGUAUUUGCAUUUGGAAUGCAAAGAUAAAAAAGGCGAAGAUUUUUGCAUAAAUAUGCAGUUAAUCAACAUGAAGGACAUUCCUCAGCAAAUGAACAGCAGUGACUGUGGUGUAUUCGCUUGCAAGUUCGCCGAGUAUGCUUCAAGGCAUGCAAAGAUAAAUUUCUCCCAGGUCAGUGAAUUGACUGAAAAUUAUAACAGUGUUUUUAUUGCGCAUAUUUUCUGAUU